AUGAUUACGGUGAUCGAUAGACCGUCAAGUCCAAUAACAUUGGUCACGCUUGAUAGGCUCGUAGCGAACAUUGGAGCUGGUUCGAGCGCCAGUGACGAUGGAAUCAAGUUGAUGACGAUUACAUUCCACAACCUUCUCCAUAUCCCGGAGUGCGUGGUGAUGAACGGGCCGCCGUGUUACAACUGGCAAUUUUUCUUGGAGCGCUUCGGAGGAUGGAUCAUGAAGCUGGUCAACUCUCGAUCCAAGCCAAUUGAAAAUCUGGGAAACGAACUCAGGACAAUAGAGGCCGUCAACCAGUACUACUCCGAGAUGGCCCCCAUAGGCGAGACAUUGGAAACCCAGCAACAGGCCACGAUCGGUGCUGCUGAUCUUUAUAAUUUCACACACGGCAGCGAGACAUGGACAUUCAUGAAGCGAUUUGGACAGAUCGCGGUCGACGAAUCGAUUCACGACCUAUUGCGGAAAGCAUACGCCCAACUAUUGAUGGCAGCGGAGCCGUCAACUUGUCCCCGAUCUGCAUUUGAAUUGGAACUGCAAGUCCAACGCGAAAUGCCCCUGAGAUCGCAUCUCGAGUUCGCCGAGAGCUACUGCAACUUCAGACGAGGAGACCUGAUUGUUGAAGGAUCAGAGAACCCCAUAACGAACAGACCCCGCGUCAACAGCUGGAUUCGCGUUCGAAUCUUCAGCACCACAUAUAGCAAGUUUGUGGUUCGAUACCACCAAGCCCGGAAGUUCAUCAAGCACCAGUAUUGUGGAGCCACUCAUCACUUUGCGUACUGUGACGUCCCGGAGGACGACCCCGAACAAGUGCACCCUGAUGGCGAGUACAAGCGAUGCCCCAAAACCAAGUCGAUUCGAUUUGGUGCUCAAACUCGAUGGACAAAGGCAUUCGUGGCAGUGGAGUGUAUUCUCACGACGGUCUCAUGCCUGGAGCACAACGGAGCUGCAAACCCUCUGGAAUCACUUUCGCUCACAGAGAAGUUCAUUUUCGAUGAUGGCAACCAAGUCGAGUACAUCCGCCGCGAGACGUCGCGGGAAUACAUUUGA